AUCGGCUCUAAUAUCAAGAUUUUCUCAAAAAAUGGUUGUGGAAGUCGUAGGCAAUUAUGAAGACAAUGGAUCUGAAAGUCGGCCCUUCGUUUUUGUUGCAGGUUUUUGCUGUCUUCAAAAUAGCUUGGUCUCAGAGCUUAGAAUUUGACACCAUUCUUCCCGAUAACCCCCAAGAAUACGACAACUUACAACCCCCUAAGCACAAAGGUGAGGCAACCGUCGUGCGCUUCCACGUAACUGUUCUCAGCCUGGAUACAAUAGAUGAAGGCUCAAUGACAUACGUGGCAGAUAUCUUCAUGUCCCAAAGCUGGAAAGACCACCGAUUGAGGCUGCCUGAGAAUAUGACUAUGAAGUAUCGGCUGCUGCCCGUCGGCUGGCUGAAGCGGAUGUGGAGACCUGACUCCUUCUUCAAGAACGCCAAGAGGGUCACCUUCCAGGAGAUGACCAUCCCUAAUCAUUACAUAUGGCUCUACAGCGACAAGACUAUACUCUAUAUGGUCAAAUUGACUCUACUGCUCUCCUGUGCCAUGAAAUUUGAAGCCUACCCUCACGAUACCCAAACCUGUACCAUGAAAAUUGAAAGCUUGUCGUAUACAACAGAUGAUUUGGUAUUCGAUUGGGAAGAAGAGGUUCCUUUGGUUGUAGACGAUUCUAUUGAACUGCCUCAGCACAACUUAGUGGACACUACCUUAGGAGAUUGCACAAAGCACUAUUCAACAGGAAACUUCACUUGCAUUGAAGUGGUAUUCACCCUGAAGCGGCGCCUUGGCUAUUACAUGUUCCACACCUACAUCCCCACCUGCCUCAUCGUCAUCAUGUCCUGGAUCUCGUUCUGGAUCAAGCCAGAGGCCGUGCCAGCAAGAGUCACCCUCUGCGUCACUUCCCUGCUCACCCUGUCCACACAGCACGCGCAGUCCCAGAAGUCGUUGCCCCCCGUUUCCUACAUCAAGGCCAUCGACAUCUUCAUGUCCUCCUGUACCGUCUUCGUGUUCGCUUCCCUCAUGGAGUACGCCCUGGUCAACAUCCUACUGGGGGAAGGGGCGGAGGAUUCUGACGAAGAUGGCAGGAGGACACAGCCACAACAAGUGCAAGUGCAACCGCAGCAUAGCCCUCCACUUCCGAACGGCACUAAACCGAAGCUCAUAUCCUCCGUGUACCGGCACAACCGGCACAGGCACAGAGCCAUUCUUGUGGACAAGAUCUCUAGGGUCAUUUUCCCACUGUCUUUCGUGAUACUCAAUACAGCUUACUGGUCAGUCUAUCUGGACACUGGGGAUGGACCAGUGGUGCUAUGA